AUGAGGGAAGGUUUAAAUAUAACGUCAUUACCGAGUCCUAUAGGAAGAUACAAGCUUAUUAAGAAACUUGGUUCUGGUAUAUUUGGAGAAGUCUUCAAGGCGACUGACGCGCAAGCGGCGGACAAAGCCGUAGCUGUCAAAGUACAGAUACACUUCGAAGAUGAUGAUGCCCACAUUCAUGAAGAAUAUAAAAUAUUACGGGACUUCACAUCUCAUCCGAAUCUUAUCGAUUUCUACGGCGUGUUCUGUGAAAAAUCUGAGAGUCUUAGAAAAAUAUGGUUUAUAUUAGAGCUAUGCGAACUUGGUACUGUCAUGGACAUUGUCAGAAAACUGAAAGCCACCGACAGGAAAAUGUCCGAAGAGCACAUCGCUUACAUACUCAAAUAUACGAUCAAGGCGGUGUGUUACCUCCAUGAAAAUAAAAUUAUACACAGAAAUAUAAGAUGCAGUAACAUUUUGAUCACCAAGGAUGGCGAAGUAAAAUUAAUAGACUUUGCCUUAUCCUGCAAAUUAAGUGGAAACGCAGAAAAAACAAAAACAAACAUUGGUUCACCAAGCUGGAUGGCUCCAGAGGCUGUUGCUGUCGGUGAAGAUGGUUACGAUAAUAGAAUCGACGUCUGGGCACUGGGUAUUACUACUAUUGAGAUGGUUGACGGCAAAGGACCUUUCCAAGACAUGCAUCCCACUAGAGCUAUGUUCCAAAUUUUGAGGAACCCUCCGCCGAGCGUUUGCAAACCAUCCAUGUCUUCUAACGACAUUAAUGAUUUCAUUGCUGAAUGUCUUGAAAAGAAUCCAGAACAUCGCCCUUACAUGAUGGAAUUGGAGGAACAUCCAUUUAUUCAAUUAGUGCCAGAAAAUGAUUAUCAUUUGUCCACAGAGCUAAAAAUGCUUGCAGUCGAUUUAAAUAACACUCCGGCGCCUGAGAAAAUGCCUGAAAGGAUAAUCAAAAAUGGACUCUUAAGGACUGAAGGUGUUCAUGAAGCAGAAACGAUGCAAGUAGAAGAUCUUGCAGCGUUGGAUAUAUUAACUGAAGACAAUCUGAUAUCAGAAUUAUAUACUAAGCUUGCGAAAGGAUCUUUUACAUCUUUUAUCGGCGACAUUCUAUUGAUUUUAAAUCCUAACAUGCAUGCCGAUAUCUACGGUGAAAAUUAUCAUAAAAAAUACGAAUGUAAAUCCAGAUCUGACAAUGAACCACAUAUAUUUGCGGUUGCUGAUGGCGCGUAUCAAGACGCAAUGCAUCAUAAUGAACCACAACAUAUAGUGUUUUCUGGAGAAAGUAAAUCUGGGAAAACAACAAGUAUGACUCAUGCACUCUCGCAUCUUACUCAUUUGGGUGCUAUGAAAAAUAAUACAGCUGAGAGGAUUCAGAAAGCAAACAAUGUAGUACAAGCAUGUAUAAGUGCUGCAACACCUGUAAAUCCUAAUUCCACGAGAGGCAUCUUACAAGUUCAAGUUACGUAUGGGAGCUCUGGAAAAUUAUCUGGAGCUAUAUUUUGGCUUUAUCAACUAGAGAAGUGGCGGGUCUCUUCUACUGACAUGUCUCAUGCGAAUUUUAACAUUCUUUAUUACUUUUAUGACGCAAUAGAAGCUGAUAAUAGGUUAGAGGAAUUGUGUUUAGAAAAAUAUAGAAAACAUCGUUAUUUGCGUAUUUUAGAAGAACCACCUAGAGGUGUGAGAGGUGUUCGUGAAACGCCAACCGAAAAUGUAGCAAAAUACAAAGAAUUUGUUGAUAAUUUAAAAAUUCUAGAUUGGGAGCAGGAGGAUAUUGCGUUCUUUGAAACAGUACUAGCAGCCAUACUAGUAAUUGGUAAUGUAAGAUUUAAAGAUAGCAAAAACGGUACCGCAGAGAUUGAGAACCCAGAAGAAGCAAAGAAGGUUGCUAAAUUACUGUCACUUGACGAAGUGAAAUUUCUCUGGGCUUUAUUAAACUACUGUUUGAUCGAAAAGGGUUCUGCGACCAAAAAAAGACAUUCCACUGAUGAAGCAAGGGAUGCUAGGGAUACUCUUGCAAGUGCUUUGUAUAAGAGAUUAAUCGAUUGGAUGAUAAAUGUGAUCAAUUCAAAGUUAUCAUUUAUGAGAUCUGUAUUCGGUGACAAAUAUUCGGUCAGCUUGCUAGAUAUGUUUGGUUUCGAAUGUUUUCAUAGAAACCGUUUGGAGCAAUUGAUUGUUAAUACAACGAAUGAGCAAAUACAAUUUUUGUACAAUCAGAGAAUAUUCGCUUGGGAAAUGCAAGAAGAGGAACAGGAAGGCAUCCAAGUAGCACCUUUGCAUUAUUAUGACAAUAAGAGCUCCGUAGAUCAAUUGAUGGCUAGACCAGCUGGAAUUUUUUAUCUUUUAGAUGAAGCGAGUAGAAAUGGAAACGGACAAGAAUUUAUAAUAAGUGCCAUAAGAACAUCUAAUAAAGGCCCGUACAUUAAAAUGUCUGGUAGUCAUGAAUUCAGUGUUGCACAUUACACGGGCAAAGUCAACUACGAUGCUAGAGAAAUGGCUGACAAGAACAAAGAUUUUCUUCCACCAGAAAUGAUUGAGACAAUGAGAGCGUCUCUCAAUCCCACUCUUCAACAAUUAUUCAAGAACAAAUUAACUAAAACAGGAAACGUGACCAUCGUUUCACAACAAUCGAAGCCACAGGCCUCUAGAUCAAAGUCUGAAAAAGAAAUGGAAAACCUUAAAGCUAGGAAAUACAAUACAGUAUCUCGAGGCCAUUACUCCCAGAGUCAUAGGAUGAGGACAGCAGCGGCUACCUAUAGGGCUACCAGCUUGGAGAUUCUGAAGCAGCUUUCUAUAGGCCCUGGAAGUGGUGGCACCCAUUAUGUCCGUUGCGUUAGAGCGGACUUGAACGACAGCCCUCGCGGUUUCCAAGGAGAAGUUGUACGCCAGCAAUUGAGGGCUCUUGCUAUUUUAGAUACAGCUAAAGCACGGCAGAAGGGAUUCUCAUGUCGUGUACCUUUUGCUGAGUUUAUACGCAGAUAUCGAUUCCUGGCUUUUGACUUCGAUGAGAACGUGGAGGAGACCAAAGACAACUGCCGUUUGUUGCUGAUCCGUUUGAAAAUGGAAGGCUGGGAAUUAGGAAAAUCAAAGGUGUUCCUCAAAUAUUACAACGAGGAGUUCCUGUCCAGAUUGUAUGAAACUCAAGUAAAGAAAAUCAUAAAAGUGCAAUGCAUGAUGCGUGCUUUCUUAGCUAAACGGAAGACGGUUCAAAAUAAAUCAAAAGCCUUGCACAUUAAAGAACUAAAGAAACAGCAAUCAACGAAUGUUAGUGAGGAUGAAGCGGCACUAAUGAUACAAAAGGCGUACCGGGGUUACAUGGUACGUAAAGCAUACGGACCCCUCAUCAACAAGACAUCAGGACAAAUCGAUGAAGAGACCGCGUCGUUUCUGAAGAGAUAUGCAAUGAAAUGGAAGAGUCGCUCCAUAUUCCAAGUCCUGCUGCAGUACAGAGCUAUGAGAUAUCAGGAUCUAGUACAUUUUUCGCAACAGAUUCACAUCUUCAAUCAGGCAUUGGUCGAAGGUCUUGUCACUACCAACACAUCAGUUUCAUUAGAUAAAAUUGAUCCUAACGCCAAAGAGGCCACAUAUCUAGGAUCCGUUCGUCCUACAGUUUGGAAGUUACCCUUCAGAAUUGAUGAGUUACAAUUCUUCGAUACAUCGGCAAUGUGCGAUCCAAAUGUUAAGAGCACCGACACCCUCGCCACCCCCAACGAUUCCGACCAUGAGCAAUGGGAUGAACCGUUGAAGCGAGGAUACUCGACGCAAACAGACCCCUACAUGCUGUCUGCGAGCACCCAGACCCUCAUAACUAUGCCGUUCUGCAGAGACCCCAUGCAGCCACUUCCGAAGCUACCCUCCGAGGAUACCUUAGCCAGAUCUUCAAUAAACCAGGACAUGUACGUCGGGACAGGUAGCCGUCCAGUCGUUUACAAGAAGAAAAUGAACCAAUCCCCUCAAGGUUACUACCAACCACCGACACCCUGGGCCAGUCCAAGAGACGAUACUGAUAUUCUAGAAAAUACCAGCUCGCCCAUGCGUAGGUCGAAUUUCAGCCGUAGCAUGCAUACAUUCGAUGUCGACAUCCAAGACCCUAUAAAAGAACUGCAGGCAUUGGCCAAAUCCACCAACGAUCUGAGUGAUGACGACCCGCCUUUCAACUUUCAGGCCAUGCUAAAGAAGACGCCGAAGAACAGAGCAUCCAUGAAACGAUACAAUGAAAUGGAUGCAUUCGGGGACAAGCACGCAGCUCCUAAGUAUAUCAUAUCUCCGGAUAGGCAAGGAGUUCCUCCUAGAUACGACAUGCCUAUGAAUGCACCUCGAUCCACGCCAUAUUAUAUGUCCCAAGCACCACCCGGUGCGAUGUCUCCUGUCAUUGAGAGUCGAUCUCAGAGAGACUUCAUCAAAGAAGAUACGGAAUAUUUCAUGACAGAUUCGAACAGAGCAAAUUCAAAUACUGAUUCGUAUAAUCCUAAAAACGGCUCCAAAUCUGAUGUGUCUACAAUUACGGAAAUCGCUCCUGGUAUUACACUAGAGGGCGCUGUAGCAGAUUUGUAGGUCAUUAAUCCGCGUUACAGUAUAUGUAGGUGAUUUAAAAAAAAAACAGUUUUUCGUGUAAAAAUAUAUUUAAUCUCCAAUGCAUUGGUAGUCCGCAAACAAUUCGUAUGGCGCGUGCAUAUCCCGCUUCACUGACACUAAUAUUAAAGCCAUAAGUUACUGUUAAGUCAUAAGAUUCCGUUAGUAGUUACGAUAAAUUUGUCAAUACAAUUCAUAGAGUUAAAUACCGAAAGAACCUUAAAGCUAGACAUGGCUUAUAAUUCAUGAAUUCACCAAGGAUCUAGUGACGUAGAAAAAUAUAUCAAUAUUCAAUCUUAAAUCUAGUAUUACUUAAUAAAAAAUUGCUUUGGUAACUUAUUCUUAAUUAUAACCGAGUGGUCUUAAAUAUUAAUAGUUUAGGGCAAAAGUGUGGUCCUCUGUGGCUAGUGGUAGAUAAAUAACUAAAUAGAUUAAAAAAAUAUGACAAAAAUAAGGGUUAAAAAAAUAUUGUCAAAAAAGCCUCAAAAAAAUGACAUCUUAAUUUAACACAUGUUACAACUUAUGUAUUAAAUAAAAUAUAUUUAUUAUCUGCAUUGCUGAGAUUUAUUCAAAUAUGGACGUAGAGUAAAAAAAUAUUCAGUGUAACUUAUAAAAAGUUCAUUAUCAAAAUAUGUUAAGCAACUAAACUUAUUGAUUAUUUAUUGCUUAUAAAUUAUUAAUUUCUUGCCUAUAAAGCGACUAGUCAUUUUACUCUAUCAGUUGUUAUGUUAGAUAUAUAAAAAUAUUGUUACAAUUAGGCCCAAAAAAUAUGUUCUGUAUAAGUUUAUAAAAAUUUAGUUUUUUUAGCAACUUACUUCUAAAUACCAUCUUAUAUAAAUAAGUUACAAUAUAAAAUAAGUAAUCAAACACUUUAGAAGCUCCGUUCAAUCUUUGUACAGAUUGAUAUGUCUUAUAUUACAUUAAACCGCGUUUCCACUGGCAAUACCUAAACAUACUAUUCUCUUUCAUUUCCUUUAAAAAAAUACGAGAUAACUGUUUUUUACAUGUACAUGAAAGUAUAAACGAGUAACGCGUUCUGACAAUAUAUAGAUGUGCGGAAAACAUUGUUUGGCUAUAUUUUACCCUGAAUAUAUUAGAUAAAAACUAAAUCUUGUUUUAUUAACAUUUACUUGAACAUUAAUUACCAUAACCUGACUAUAAGAAUAAAAACCCUCACACUGAUAUUCAAAAACAGUAAACCAAUUGCUUUCCAUUCAUUAGAAAAUUGUGUAACAAAAAAACUAAAUGAAGCAAUCCAAGUUCAGAAUUUUUAAAUUCUUGGAGAGACUAAAACUAUAAUAUUCAAUUCUGUGUAAUCUUUGAGUAGCUUAUAACUUCAUUUCUUCUGUCAAAUGUGACAUUAAAUAUAAUUUAUAAAUGAAUAAUUUUCAUGAUGGCAACACUAACGUCUAAUUGUCAUAAGCCGAUUAUGGCAACACAUCUAUUGAUAUCAAAACUAAAAUGAGCAUAUUCUUAAAUACUACAUGUAUUUUUAUUAUGUACUUCUUUAUGUACUUCCAAAUAUAUAAUUAAUAUCGACUUAAAACUAUGUCACACAAAAUAUUUCUUUUUUUCUUUAUAUCACACCCAAAUAUUCCUUUCAUAGCAUUUUAGAUUUUGCCUUAAUAAAUACUGUUAUAUCUAGUUAUAUCUAAAUCACAUCCUAAAAUUAUUGCUGAAAACUAGUGCUAGUACAAACAUUUUUUUUUUACAAGCUAUUAACUUAAGCUCUAUGUUCAGUCAACAACUUUUAUUAUGAUAGUAAUAAACAAAAAAAAUCAACUAAAUAUAAGGACAUCCAUAAAUUACGUCACACGAAUUUCUUGAAUUUUUGACCCCUUAAUGUCAUUCACAUUUUUAAUAUCAUAUUUAAAAAUUUAUAAAAAAUCAGGAGUUUUCUCAAAACAUUUUGAUUGUUAUUUUUUUUAAUAUGUCUGAAAUUUAGUAUUGUGAUACUUUGAUUAAAUAAUAGUUUUCUUGCAGAGACUCCAUGCACAUGCAAUAAAAAAACAAAAGUAACUAGCAACUGUGUAUUCUUUCAAACUAUACUCUACAUUUAUGGAAGUCAUCAAGAUCAGUCGAGCAAUUGAUGCUACAAACAUCCAUCUAAGCUAUCGCAUUUAGUAAAGUAGCAUUUUGAUUGUUUUGAAAAAUGUGACGUCACAAAAUUUGGGACCCCUCUCUCUCCUUGACAAUGUCACAUUUUGUCAACCCCCUUGCUUUGUUAAUGUGUGACGUAAUUUGAGAUGUCCUAUUUCUUUAUAUUAUAAGAAAGUGUUAAAAUAUGUGUUCAGCUAUUCAUAAGAUGUGUAUUUAAAAAUAAACAAUUGCAAGUAUUAACUUAAAUUUUUGUUGUUGAAUUUAUUUUUGAAUAAAUUCGGAUGUAUUACAGCUUAUUCAACUAAACGCGACUUCCAGCUGAGAUCAUUACAAUGUAAACUACAAUUAUUAUUGUUUAAUAUAAUAAAGCUAUUAUUAAAAUGUAAUAGUAUUACACUGGAUGUUACUGACCAAAAUUAAUAAUGCCCCGUUACAAUAUAACGUACAUUAUGCCUUAAUUCAUAUUUAAUAAUUACAGAAUUGACGUGAAAUUUAAAAAAAAAUCUUUAAUAUUCUGUU